AUGGCAUCCCCACACCAUCCCAAUGGCAACAGGAGUCAUGAUGCUGACAGCUGGUCCGUCCUCACAGAGAAGAUUCGCACGCCCAUCACCGACUUGUUCGGGAUCAAGCACCCCGUCCUGCUCGCCGGCAUGAACGUCGCCGCUGGCCCCAAGCUUGCGGCCGCCGUCUCCAACGCCGGCGGUCUUGGUGUCAUCGGCGGCGUCGGCUACACCCCCGAGAUGCUCAAGGAGCAAAUCGACGAGCUCAAGAGCUACCUCGAUGACAAGAACGCGCCCUUCGGUGUCGAUCUGCUUCUCCCCCAGGUUGGCGGUAGCGCUCGCAAGACAAACUAUGAUUACACCAAGGGCAAGCUGAACGAGCUCGUCGACAUCAUCAUUGAGUCCGGCGCCAAGCUGUUCGUCUCCGCCGUCGGUGUCCCCACCAAGGAGGUCGUCGACAGGCUGCACAAGCACGGCAUCGUCUAUAUGAACAUGAUCGGCCACGUCAAGCACGUCAAGAAGUGCCUCGACCUCGGCGUCGACAUCAUCUGCGCCCAGGGUGGUGAGGGCGGCGGCCACACCGGCGACAUCCCCACCACCGUCCUCAUCCCCGCCGUGGUGGAGGAGUGCCGCAAGCACAAGUCGCCCAUCACCGGCGGCCCCGUCCAGGUCAUCGCUGCCGGCGGCAUCCACAACGGUCAGCUCCUGGCCGCCUCCCUCAUGAUGGGCGCCGGCGCCGUCUGGGUGGGCACCCGCUUCAUCCUGACCGAUGAGGCCGGCGCCCCCAAGGCUCACAAGGACGCCGUCCGCACGUCGGGCCACGACGACAACAUCCGCACCAUCAUCUUCACCGGCCGCCCCAUGCGCGUCCGUAACAACGACUACAUCAACGACUGGGAGGUCAACCGUGCCCAGGAGAUCAAGGACCUCGCCGCCAAGGGCGUCAUCCCCUACGAGGCCGACCUGGACAAGUUCAUGAGCGCCGACGACGAGAAGCCCUCGAUCCCCACCAGCGGCAAGGAGGAGGAUGACGACGACGAGGACCCCUUCGAGAAGUACCGCCCUUACCUCAUGGGCAAGUGCGCCGCCGUCGUCAACGAGCAAAAGCCCGCCAAGGCCGUGGUGGAUGAGUUCGUUGACGAUGCAGUCGAGUGGAUCCAACGGGGCAACAAGAUGAUUGCCAAGCUGUAA